UGUUAGCCAGUGUUGUCAGGUCUGGAAGCUACAGGGGAUUUGUCAGACGGAAAUAAUACCGUUUUAUCGACAGGAAACACAUGCACGAGCCACAUAUUAUCGUAGCGUGCUUUUUUACGUUUUUAUAUCCGCUUGAAUCGAGCGUCUUGGGUUUAUCCUGAGAGAAAGUUCGUUGCUUAUUUUGUGGGAGUGAUGUCGAAUCCUGGGACUCGAAGGAACGGGUCAAGCAUUAAAAUCCGACUGACAGUAUUAUGUGCCAAGAAUCUGGCAAAGAAAGACUUCUUCAGGUUGCCUGAUCCUUUCGCCAAAGUGGUGGUGGACGGCUCGGGUCAAUGCCACUCUACCGACACGGUCAAAAACACAUUGGACCCCAAGUGGAAUCAGCAUUACGACCUAUAUAUUGGGAAAACAGAUUCCAUCACCAUUAGCAUCUGGAACCAUAAGAAGAUCCAUAAAAAGCAAGGUGCGGGUUUCUUAGGCUGUGUGCGGCUCCUUUCCAACGCCAUCAGCAGACUCAAAGACACAGGCUACCAGCGUUUAGACUUAUGCAAGUUGAACCCAUCUGACAGUGAUGCUGUCCGUGGACAAAUUGUUGUGAGUCUGCAGACUAGAGACAGAAUUGGCAGUGGAGGGCCAGUGGUCGACUGUAGAGGACUGGUAGAGAAUGAAGGGCCCGUCUUUGAUGAUUCUGGACCCGGACGGCCUCUCAGCUGCUUCAUGGAGGAGCCCAUGCCCUACACAGAUCCCACAGGGGCAGCUGGAGGGGGCAACUGCCAUGCACUCGAGUCACCCAAUCAGGAGCAGAGGCUUCAAGCACAACGAAUCAGAAACCAGGAUUCCCGAGGGCAUGCGCACACACCCCAAAACCGACCACAUGGACCCCAGUCCCCCGACCUCCCUGAGGGCUAUGACAGAAAGUCAGGUUUGGAACAACAUGAGGAGCAAAGGACUACCGUACAGGGCCAAGUCUAUUUUCUGCACACACAGACUGGCGUGAGCACCUGGCAUGAUCCCAGAAUACCCCGGGAUCUGAACAGUGUGAGCUGUGAGGAGCUGGGCCCUCUGCCGCCCGGCUGGGAGAUCAGGAGCACUGUGUCAGGAAGAAUUUAUUUUGUCGAUCACAAUAAUCGAACCACGCAAUUCACCGACCCCAGGUUACACCACAUCAUAAGCCAACACUCUCAGGUGAAGGAGUCGAGCCAGGCUUUGCCCUUGCAGAUGGAUGUUGGUGUGGAGGAGAGUGAUGGGGAGUUACCAGUGCGUUAUGAGAGAGAUCUAGUCCAGAAGCUCAAGGUUCUCCGCCAUGAGCUCUCCCUGCAGCAGCCUCAGGCAGGACACUGCCGUAUAGAAGUGUCCCGCGAGGAGAUCUUUGAGGAGUCUUAUAGGCAGAUCAUGAAGAUGAGACCUAAAGACCUGAAGAAACGUCUAAUGGUGAAGUUCAGAGGAGAGGAGGGGCUGGACUAUGGUGGAGUUGCUAGGGAAUGGUUAUAUCUUCUCUGCCAUGAAAUGCUGAAUCCAUACUAUGGCCUGUUUCAGUACUCAACUGAUAAUAUCUACACAUUACAGAUCAAUCCAGACUCAUCUAUCAACCCUGACCACUUGUCUUACUUCCACUUUGUUGGACGAAUUAUGGGUCUGGCUGUUUUCCACGGGCACUACAUAAAUGGAGGUUUCACGCUGCCCUUCUACAAGCAGCUCCUGGGGAAGCCCAUCCAGCUUUGUGACCUUGAGACGGUGGACCCAGAGCUGCACAAGAGCCUCGUCUGGAUCCUAGAGAAUGACAUCACAUCUGUCCUGGACCAUACAUUCUGCGUAGAACAUAAUGCUUUCGGCAAGUUCCUUCAACAUGAGCUAAAACCAAAUGGCAAGAACAUCCCAGUCACAGAGGAGAACAAGAAAGAAUAUGUCAGGUUGUAUGUCAACUGGAGAUUCAUGCGAGGCAUUGAGGCCCAGUUCCUUGCCCUGCAGAAGGGCUUCAAUGAACUCAUCCCACAGCAUCUGCUCAAGCCUUUUGACAACAAGGAACUUGAGCUGAUCAUCGGUGGUUUGGGGAAGAUUGAUCUGAACGACUGGAUGGCCAAUACACGACUGAAGCAUUGUGUGGCUGACAGUAACAUAGUGAAGUGGUUCUGGCAAGCAGUUGAAUCAUUUGAUGAGGAAAGGAGAGGCAGACUGCUACAGUUCGUCACAGGCUCCACACGUGUUCCUCUACAAGGCUUCAAAGCACUGCAAGGUUCUACAGGUUCUGCAGGACCAAGACUCUUCACUAUUCAUUUAAUUGAUGCCAACACAGAUAACCUGCCCAAAGCCCACACUUGCUUCAACCGGAUUGACAUCCCGCCUUACGAGUCAUAUGAGAAGCUCUAUGAGAAGCUCCUGACAGCUGUGGAGGAGACGUGUGGCUUUGCAGUGGAGUGAGCAAGUUUUCCUGUCCAGCCAGCCAGCAAUGGCAGCAAACCCACCAAAAAACAGCCCCACACAUCCCCCUCCCCUUUUCCAGGACAGAUAGACUGGUGUCUCCUGACAGACUUUAGCAUCACCCGCCACCCUGAAACCCUGGACUGCAAUGGAGGGGAGCAACCACCCAAGGACAGGAAUUCUUCAAAGACUAAUCCCUCAUGGUGUGAUUCAGGAAUUGUUUUCGCAUUACCAUAAAGUUCCAGAGAACUCUGAUCAACGUUUCUCCUUGUUUGUUUUUGCAAAACAAAAUCGACAAUUGUCUUUGUCACUGAAACGGUGGAUUGAUAGUUAGAGUCUCAAUACAGGUUUGUACUGCUCAGCUGCAGUAAGCAGAGCCUUACGGAGCCUGUGAUCUACAAGAAGUAGAGCUCAUAAUAAGGAAUAAUUUAAAGGGAUGGAUCACCCAAAAAUGAAGGUUCUGUCAUUUACCCAACCUAAUGCAGUUGCAAACCUGUAUGAUUUUCCAUCUUCUGUGGAGCACAAAAGGAGAUGUUAGGCAGAAUGUUAGACUGUUAGUAAAUGGUGACUGAGAUUGUUAUUCUGCCUAACAUCUCCUUUUGUGUUCCACAAGAAGAAAGUCAUAUGGUUUUGGAGCAACAUUUUUGGGUGCACUAUUUGUUUAACAUACACACAGCCUGUGAUCAUUAAACCAGUUUACCUAAAGCAAAUGUGUCUUGAAGGAACAGGAGGACAGGUGGUCUUCAUUGUCAUGCUCAGUAUGUACGCAGUGUCUCCACUUAUUUUCGUUGUUUCCUUGAUUGCAUUUCAGUGGUUGCAUUAAGUGGCUCUUGUACCGUCACCAUUCUCCAUGUUGCAGUUUUUUAACUUGAUUGCUUGAAAUGUAGUAAUGAAAUGUUUGUUUGUUUGUUUGUUAGCUUAAUGGCAAGACUUAGACCUCUUUUGGGAACUGGGAAUGUAACAGUGCCUGUGAGUUAAAGUUCCUCACCUGAUGCACAAAGAUGAUGUGCAGUGUAGAGAAGGCCAGAAAGCCCUGUCAGCAGUGUCUGCAUUAUCCCAAGUAUGUCAGUAUUUUAUUUUUUUACUUUGUUUUAUCCCGUGAGCAUUCCUCCGUUAUCAAAAAAAGAAAGUAAUGUUAAAUGAAUGGUGUUUUUAAAUGCAGAUUUUAAAGCAACUCAACUUUUCUGUCAAUUUCUUGAACAACUUUGUGUUGCAUUGUGAUCUCAUAGACCUAAACUGGACUCAUAACCUUAGUUUUUGUGUCAUACUAGUGAAGAAAUGCAAAGAGAACUGUUUUAAGGAUUGUGAAUGUUUUUAAAAAGCUCUUUUUGUCCUUAAUUUUCCCCAAAUUAAUAUUGCUGUUAUCUGACGGUGACUUAGCAUUAACUAUUUUAACUUGUCUUGACAUGGUUUCUUAUGAAAUUCACUUCUAGACUGUUGUUCACACAUCUCUGUAACCGUUGAAACCACUGCUUAGAGUAACACAAUCAAGCACUUUCACCGGCACAUGUACAAUCACCCCUCAUUUCUAUUCCACAGACAGCCAUGUGGUGUUUGUUUUCCAAUAGAGACGUGCUGAUGGCUCCACUCAGCUGUAGUGGUACAUCUUGUCCUUUGUGAUUGGCUUCAAACUCUGAAGUACGGGAGGUGAUUAAUUCCAGGUUAGGUUCAGGUUUUUUUUUCUAGUUAAAGUACAGGGAGGCAUUUCAGAUUUCAUUAUGUAGUCCUUGAUGUGCAUGGCAUCAGAUUAUUCUUUGUAAAUGUAAAGAAUGAGCCAACCUCAGUGUUUCUUCAACCACUUUUUAUCUUAAUCCUUUUUUUUUUUUUUUUUUUUUUUUAA